AUGAGGGUUACUAGUACCACCAAAGAGGUUAAUCAUUCACCACAGAGGUUAACCACACAGAGGGUUAAUAGCAAACAGAGGUGGGAUUUUGUGUGUCAGAAUGCUGAGCUUGGAGAACUAACACAAGUUCUUUACACAGCUGGACUGAUGCUCGGAACGUUUGUCUUUCCAACUCUUUCUGACCGAUACGGCAGAAAGCCUGUUAUGGUUUUAAGUCACGUGAUCUCCUUCGGAAUAUCGCUUGGAAUGGCCUUUAGCGGGAGCUACGUUGUAUUUGUGGUGUUGAAAUUCUUGACGGGCUUCUUUCAACAGGGGCUGUUGGCUGGCACAACUCUGUGUUUGGAAUCAGUGCCAACUGAAAUUCGUCAUUACUGUGCAGUUUUAGGACUACUGUCUUGGACCUCAUUCUGCGCCCUAAUGUCUCCAAUAGCCUAUGCAUUCAGGGACUACCCGUGGAAAUACUUACAGAUUACAUACGCUAUGUGCAGUUCCUGGUCUAUUCUUCAGUGGUGGAUGACUGACGAGUCUUUACGCUGGGUGAUAGCAAACAACCAGAUUGACAGAGCAAAGGAAAUUAUCAAAAAUGCCUGUAAAUGGAAUAAGAAAGACUAUGGAGAAGUAAUGGAGACAAUUGGUUGGGGAGAUCUGGUAGAUGCUAAUAGUAAAGCUCUGGCGAUGACAAAUGUUCCAGAGUCCAAGGAUGUAGAGGAUGUUCUGGAUGCAUUUUUCCGUCAGAUAUCAGGUCUUGACUAUCCAACUCGUGGCCAAAGAGAUGUUAUCGUAGGAAGUAACGGAGCAGACCUUGACCCGCUGGUUCAACAUAUCUCGAGCAUAAGCCAUGCAAAUGGCGGACAGAAAACGGAGGAGUUCGAUGAUGACGAAAUAGAAGUGAAGAAAUACACAAUGUUUGAUAUAUUCAAACAUAAACGUAUAUUGAUAGUAUCGAUGAUAAUGUGGUAUACCUGGCUGUGUGACAGUUUUGUGUACUUUGGCUUAUACUUGACUUCAUCACAUCUCUAUGGAGACAGAUAUAUCAACUUCUUUUUGAGUGCAUUGGUGGAGUAUCCAUCUUGUCUUUUACAGUAUUUUAUUCUAACUAGAAUUGGCAGGAAGUGGACAGCGGUGAUCGGUCACUUUGUUGCUGCCGUGGGUUUAGCCGUUGCAACAGCUUUAACAUACACUGCUGUGUUUGGAUCUUUGUCGCCAUACAACAACAAAAAGGAAUAA